GACACAAUUACAUGUAGUUUUGAUCAGAAACAUUAAAACGAAAACCUUUGUAAAAUACACAUUUUGGCGCAAACUCCUGAACCACUCUGAAGUUCUGGGAAGUGAAACUUGGGGGAAUGCGGUGUUUAUCUGGUGAAGAAGAUUUUCGUAUUUUUUUUCGAAAACUAUAUAAAAAAAGAUCAUUGGCAGUUUUGAAUGAUUAGUGUACUUGCAAAUCAUAAGAACAAUUGUUUGAUAAUCUGAUUAUGCUAAAUUUCGUGAGGUUGUUGAACGUUAAAUUGAUAUAUUGCAAUCACAUGGGGUCGUCGGCCAGUUUUAACGAUCAAUAACAUUAGAAAAAUGAAUUAGUGAAUUGCACAAAGAUCAUUCAUUCAUUGAAAAUCAUGGUCAUUGAAGACCAGGAGAAUUUGCUGUCCGGAGCUGACAAUUAUGUACAAAACUUUUAUAGUUUGUUCAAAGUUGAAGCACAGAGGUUAAAAAAUGAAUGGAAAAAAUAUAAGAAGAGCAAAUCGAGCAGUAAGAAAGAAAAGAAAAAAAUCGAUGCAAGUGGUGAAUGUUGUUACAAUAGUCCACCGGGAAUAGAAGUCCUAAGUAAUGCAUCAUCAUUUGCUGUUUUUGUUGCUGUGAGAAAUUCCAUUUUGGAAAAACAUAAUCACAUUGCUAGUGAAUUAAAUCCAACAUCAAAUUGCACAUCUUCACCUCCUCCCGAAUUCAGUGACACAAUUGACAGUGACAGUGAUGACGAAGAUAAAAUUUCGUCCACCCAAAGCUUACCAAAGAUCGUUGGUAUUGGUUUAAGAAGUGUUUUUACUUUAGUGAGAGAAAGUCGAACUAUUGAACCAAUAUUUUGCAAUAAAGCGCUGGGCGCUCUAUUAGAUAUUUUACAAGGACAACUUCCAGAAGGAUUAAAAGGCGAACCGGAUGAUAUUGUGGAUGCAUUGUUUGAUCUGCUACUUGAUCUUGCAACAUCACAUGGACCCGAAUCUGAAGCAGCUAAUGAUGGCAGUCAUUUAACAGCAGUGGCAUGUGCUUGUUUACUUAGUUUAGUCGUUGUUCGAGGUGACACUGGACAUCUUUUAUCAGCAAUAGCGGCAUUAUUGAUGUCACCCAGAGCUUUGGCUGCACAAAAUAUUCAGAUGCCAUAUGUAUUGAUAUCGUUACAAAGAAGUGUUCACGCUGUUUUCUUUGGUAAACUCGCGAGACGCGAUUGGAUAACUUAUGGUGUACCUAAAAAUUCCAAGGUUCACACAUCAAUGCUUAAAUUACCAAAUGAUAUGAACAAUGUUGUUUUAAAUGGAAAGAGUUUUGUUAGUGAUGGAAAGUACUUGUAUCUACAUACAAAUCAAGGUUUAAUUAAAAUUGGCAGCGGAUAUGGAGGAACGAUAUGGGGUCAUGUUUAUGCUCAUAAAUCUGAUUUUUAUCCAUCAGAAAUUGGCUGGCUUGGUUAUGCAAAUAAUUCCUUGUACUUUAAAUGCGCACCUAAAAAUCAAUAUGAAUUGUUGAUUUUGGACACCGAAUUACUUUCAAUAAAAGGAAAAGCCGUUUUGGAGGGUAAAGACUGGUCUUCCUCGGUUAUGUUUUCAGAUGGUGAAAAUUUGGGAAUGUUAACAGCUGGCAAAGACGAGGGUUUUGUUAUUCGAACAAUAAAUACAUUGAGCAAUACUGUCACAGUAACAUCGGAGCUUCCGUUGAAAUUUGCAAAACAAGGUAUCGAUGUAUUUGGUUAUGCAUUUUUUGACGAGGAACAAACAGCUCAUGUUCUUAAUCCUGGCUAUGAUGAUGAAAUUGCCUCAGUGUCAGCGGGUAAAGAAUUUGCAUUGCUGAGAACAGUUUCGGGAAAAUUGCUCUACACAGGAAAGGGAAAUUGCAUUGGAAUGAAAUUAAAUACAAGACCAAAUAGAUGGUUGGAAGUGACAUUGGGAAAAGAUGCGAAGGUUGUUGAUUUUUCCGUGGGUCAUGAUGGAUAUCAUGCAAUUUUUGUUCUCGAUGAUGGUUCUGUUCUUUUUGCCGGAACUUCUAGACGUGGAGAGGAUGGCGAGAGCAUUAAAGUGAGACGACCGGCAAAGGCAAUGAAGCCAAAGAAAAUAACAAAAGUUGAGAGUCAGGUGAUUGUUAAUUCGGCGUGUAAUAAUGGAACAACAGCACUUGUGACAAAAGAGGGUUCCUUAUUAAUGUUUGGUAAAGAUUGUUUGCAUUGCGAUGGUUCGACAGGUUUUGUAUCGAAUCUUAAAGAUGUUUUUGUGGUACAAGUUUCAUUGGGAAAAGCACAUGCAGCCGUAUUGACAAAUAAAGGGCAUUUGUAUACAUUUGGCAUUAAUAACAAGGGACAAUGUGGUCGUGAUUUUACAAUUGGACAAACUUUCGUCAAAGAAGUGACGUUUAUGGAUACGGAAACUGGUGCCGGUGCUGGUGAAGAUGAAUUGGGUGCUGCAGAAGACGAACCUGCAGAGGAUUGGGAAGAAGCAAGAGGUAUGUGCCCACCAGGAAAACAUCAAUGGAGACAAAGAGAUUGUAUGGUGUGUACAGUUUGUCGUGAGUGCACAGGAUACAGUAUAUCAUGUCUCAGUAGUAUCCGACCUGACCGAAAUCCAGGACAAGAAUGUGGCUGCGGAGAAGGUGAUUCUGGUUGUGCAGUGUGUGGAUGUUGUCGUAUUUGUGCACGUGAAAAUUGUGACAAUGGUGGUGAAAUGGCAGUUCUUGGACCAUCAGGAGGUGGUGAUUUGGGAAAAAUUCGUUUGGAUAUGAUUAUUGAAGGAAAAGCUAGUUCUAGUAUUCGUGAAUAUCUUCGAAAACGCUUGGAGGAAAGAAAACAACGACAUAGAGCAAAAUCUGGCUCGAGUUCUGGUAAACAUGUCGGAAAAUUGAAGGGCGCCAAUAAUCAAAGAUCAGCUGGACCUAGGGUGAAUAUACAAACAAUAACGGUGACUCGACUACCGUCGGGAGUAUUUAAUAUUGUACCAGAUGAGAGUGAGAAGGGAAAUGAUGUUGAGAAAGGGGAGAAAUUUCAAAAAAUUACCGUAACCCGUUUACAAUCAGGAGUAUCUUAUCUUUUGCCGGAUGAAGGAGAAAAAGGUAGUGAUGCUGAGAAAGGUGAUAAGGGUAGCGAUGCAGAAAAAGGCGAUACCAUAAGAAUAUCAAAUAUACCACCAGCGAGAGUUCCUAUUCUCGAUGAUGUUCCUGUUGUCCAAGUGUCGUGCGGCUUACAUCAUACUGUUAUUCUUUUGAAAAAUGGUCAGGUUUAUACAUUUGGAAGUAAUGUUCACGGACAACUUGGAGCUGGUGAUUUGCUUACUCAUGCAGGACUCGUUCAUGUGAAAUUACCAAUUGCUGCUUCUCAUGUCGCGGCUGGUAGUAAUCAUACUGUAAUCCUCACAGUAAAUGGAGAAGUUUAUACAUUUGGCGUUUAUCAGAAAGGACAGCUGGGUAUGAAAGAAGAGAGUCAAACUGAAGACGGAAAUAUCUCGCAAACAAGUCUCAGAUCGGAAAAAUCUCAACCUUGGUACAGUUUUCCAAAUCAAGUUCCAAAUAUUGGUUGUGAAUGGGGAAGACGAGCGACUUGGGUUGGAGCUUCCGGAGAUCAAACCUACAUUAAAAUCGAUGAGACUAGUUUUAUCAGUUUAACUAAAAGCAACGUGGUGGCAAAUAAAAGCUGCAUGAUUUUAAUUCCACAUCAGAGCGAUCAUUCGAAUCCAUUAAAAUGUUUGGUUAUCGAUAAACGCGAUGGCAGUUGUAAUAGUUUCAGUGGAAACGAUCAAGUUGACUUUAGUCGUUGUGCAGCUAAUUUGGAUCCAUUAUAUAACGUUAUUUGGACCUUUGAUUCGGAAACUAAUGAAAUAUCAUCGUAUAAUAUAAUUUCUGCGGAUUCAAAAGUGAUUCCAAGUUUGGAAAUGUCUAUACUUAAUCCUGGACUUGCAUUGCCAGUUGUGCCAAAUUGUUUUGUGACACGUUCUCAGGCGGCAAUUCAUUUAUUGUCUUGUUUAGACACGCUCACACAAACUCAAGAUGAUAAAUUGACAAUUAUGGAAGAGAGUGAUAGUAAUCAAUCGACGCAUAACAAAAUUUACAAUCGAGAAGAUUUCGUGACAGUUAGCCGAUUUGAAAAUCAUGGCGGAGGAUGGGGAUAUUCCGGACAUUCAAUUGAGGCUAUCAGAUUUAUGGUAGACACUGACAUCCUUUUAGGUGGUUAUGGAUUAUUCGGUGGACGUGGGGAAUAUGCCGCAAGAAUCAAGCUCUUUGAUAUCGGUUUGGAUGGUGGCGAUCAGGAAGUUGACGGAGAUCUUUUGGCGGAAACGGAAGAAAUGCCAUAUGAAUGUGGACCAAGGCAGAAAAGUGCAAUUUUAUUUGAUGAACCAGUUAAUUUACAAGCAAACAGAUGGUACGUUGCUUGGGCCAGAGUUAGUGGACCUUCAAGUGAUUGCGGUUCAGGAGGACAAGUUGUAGUUACAUCCGAGGAUCAGAUAGUCUUCAAUUUUAAAUCGUCGAAAAGAUCAAACAAUGGAACGGAUGUUAACGCUGGCCAAAUUCCACAAUUACUUUAUCGCAUUAUUGCGCCUGAAAAUCAGAGUCCAAAUACGCAAAAAGACCAAAUUGAACCUGUUUAUAUACUUAGUAAAGAAUUUAGUAAAACUGUUAGCAAGGAGUGUUUUAAAUCGUUAAUUUCUCUUUUACAAUGGAGUUGGAAUACAUUAAAAGCAAGUUUAGCAAAUUCAACAGCCAAUGUAACAUCGUUCGCCAUCUCGGAGUUGGAAAGACUUGUUUAUAUCAGUAAAGCAAGUUUGAGAUUACUCAGAACGUACACCAAUGAAAUUUAUCCAAAUAUAGUUGUUAAGAAAGCACCAGCCGAAUCUGUGAAACUAGCAGAAUGCACAGUAGAACUACGUGCAUUGAUUCAACAAAUUCUUUCGGACACAAUAAGCGUCACUAAAAAAGGCAAGAGUAAAACACGGUCCAAUAAAAGUUCGAGUCAGCUAUUCAUAAAAAUGACAAAUACAGUGUUGGACGAGUGUCAUAAAACUUUCGUCGCCUGUUAUCAUGCAUUUUAUCCCACUGCAUAUUUAAAAUGGACCUCCUUAUGUGAACUUUUAUCAGAGAUCGAUAAGGAACAAGGUACAACGUCAAAAGAUCGUCUUCUUUCGGCUGUUCUCGCUUCACUUUGCAAUUCGACUGUUCGUUUAAGAACAACAUUUCCAAUUUUGAAUAAUGUCAUUGACAGUAGUGACAGUAUAAAACGUCAAUUGAGCCCGUCCGAUAAUGCAAGUUUAUUAAUGAUGAAUUCCACUGAAUCACAUCACUAUCCAAUACUUGUUGAACAAAUAAAUUAUAAAUCACAAAUUGAGAGUACAGAAAAUGAAACGUUAAAUUGGUCAUUUCGUGAAGUUCUCGAUCGUCUAUUGGAUUUAACAUUAAUACCAGUGAAAAGAAAUCUUUGCGAUGAAAAUUGUCAAUCGUUACCUGAUCUUGUGCUUCAUUGUUGUCAUUUAUUGGCAAAAGUUAUUGCCGAAUUAGCCGCACAAUCAAAUGGAACAGAGGAUGAAUUUCAAAUAGCUUGCGGGCGAAUUUUAUACACAACACCCUCGAGAUUCGCUAGAGUAAAUCAGACGAGAUCAUGGAAUACAGGAAAUGGAGCUGCGGACGCUAUUUGCUUUUCUGUGGAUAGACCUGGAAUUACAAUAGCCGGUGUUGGUGUUUAUGGUGGAGUUGGAGGAUAUGAUUAUGAAUUGGAACUGUUGGAUGGCCAAAAUAAUACUGGAAACGAUCCGUAUAAUACCCAACGGUGGAUGAGCUUAGAUUUUAUAAGGGGCUCUUUUAGCGCUGAAGAUUGCGUUGAUGAGGUUGUGGAUCUAAAAUUUAAUAAAUCGAUACCAAUAAAGGAAAAUGUUAAAUAUGCAAUUCGAUUAAGGAAUCGAGGUGGACGAACAAGUAAUGGAGAUGGUGGAUUGAGUGUUGUCAAAGGUCCUGAUGGAACAACUUUUACUUUUACUGCUUGUUCCUUAUGCUUUAAUGGUACAACACAAACAAGAGGACAGAUACCUCAUAUUUUGUACUAUUCGAAUCCUGAAGAUACAGGUGUUCAACAAACAAGUAAAGCAAUGGUUGAAGUGCAGGCGAGAAAGUACAUUUUAGCAAUGACGACAACAAUAAUUCAACGUGCGAAUGAAAUUCUCGCCCUUGCACGUGAAAGAGUUGAAGAAAUGAGGUCCAUUGAGAUUCUUGGAAAUGCCACUUUUGUAACGACUCUUUUACCAUUGGUUAUAGCUCAUAUUGGUCCUUUAGCUUCCUCCGAUCCGAGAAGUGGAGUACAAAUUUUAACAUUGAUUCAAGAGAUGCUUCCACACGUUGCUGCUUUAAAUCUUUUGUCAGGAUCAUCUAGCGCCUCUCAAGACAAUGAGAUGCAAAUGCAUUUUACGUCACCUAUCACUACAAGCACACAUUACACUUGGCUAGAGAGUGAACAUCCUUAUAAACCAGCAACUGUUACACAAUAUAAAGUCACAUUUCCCGAAUCUGUAAAAUGGCUAACAGUUGAAUUUACUUCUGAAUGUGGCACAGCACAACCGGAAGAUUAUUUACAAAUAUUUAUUCCAGAUUUAUCUGGUUCAAGAUCUUCCAAAAGUUUGAACACUGAUGAAAAUCAGGAAUUAUUUCCUGUUCUCAGAAAAUUGAGUAAUGUGCCUUGCCAAUGGCCUCAAAAUGCAUUUGUUUUGCCGGGAAAUAAAGUGAUAUUUUCACUUGAGACUGCUUCGGAUUACAUGAAGGAUAUCAAAUCUAAUACGUACGGUUUCAAGUGUCUCAUCAUUGGCUACGACUGGAUUACUUCCGGCAAUGGACUAAAAAAUCUCGAGAUGGAAUUAGCCUUUCUCGGCGGUGCUUGCACUGCUGGGCUUAUGCAGAAGAAUCUCACAUUACCACCAGUGUCAUCUGACGAAAUUGAAGAGGACUUAGAGUCGGUACAGGAAACAGCAAAGAGGAUUUUCUCCGUUCACUCAGCUCUUCUUGGACGUGGAUUCGCCCUCGAAACUCCACCGUCGGUAUCCCAGGCUCUCGAUGGCGUUCUUCCAUUCAGUUGCCAGUCCAACGAGCGUUUAUUCCUGAGGGACUUUGUAUCGAGUACUGUGGGCACAAGUGGCGGUCGCUUGGCCAGAUGGUUACAACCAAACAGCUUCGUGGAUCCCUCUCAAUGCGAGGUACUUUAUUCCAGGGAGGAAAUGAGAUGCGGAUGGCCUGCUGUCAUCACGAUUCUCGCCAGGGAUCAAUUUGGCGAGAUAGUCCACGUACCUGGUCUCAAGGUCGAACUAAAGGCGGUACCAAUAGACAAAAAGGAUAUAUCUGAUUCCGAUCAGGGAAUAAAAAUUCGCCGUGUCUCAAAAGCAGAUCCAAUGACAUUUGGUGGACAUCCACAACCAUCGUUAGACGUGCCAUAUGAAGUGACAGUCAGCAAUAAAAUGUGUUUUUACGCGAUCACGAUAAUGAAAGCCUAUCAAAAUUAUUCAUUUGAAGAAUUGAGAUAUACAUCACCGGCUUUAAAGAGAUCCAGCGAAAGUAUGCUCGUUAUACCAAAUGGAAAUGGUAGUUAUGGUGCUACUUGGACUCCAUCUUCCGCAGGCUGGUACUCUAUCAUGAUCACGAUUGAUGGCUACAACAUGGAAGAUAAUUAUAAAGUUGAGGUAAAAGAACCACCAUUGGGUGUGCAGCCACCAACGCAAAAUCUUAUGACAAAACUUCCAAAACAACUAACAAAGUUGAGAAAAUUCGUUUCCACGAGUAGUGCUGGUUUGAGAAUAAGGACUCAACCUUCCUUACAGAGUGAACAAAUUGGUAUUGUUCCUGUUGAUCACACAAUAGUUUUCAUAGACGAGUAUUACAAUGACGAUGGAGUCUGGUUGAGAUUGAAUGCAGAGUCAAUAAUGAAAUAUUGCAGUAAAAGUCAUUUUGAGGCUUGGUGUCUUCAGUACAAUCAACAUUUGGGAAAAACUCUACUAUUUCCUGUUGAUGAGCUGAAGAAUAAUGUGAAAUCAGUUGUGAAGGAUGUCAUUCUAAGAAAACGCUCCGAAAUUGAAGAAACAUCUCGUCGUUUUAGUAAAAGGAAAACAGCGACAUUCAACGGUGGAACGAGUAUGGUGGUGAUAACUUGCGGUGCCUCAGGUCAUAAUAUCAGAAGCCGACCAAAUUUAAAAGCAAGACCCAUUGGAAUUUUAGCUCUCGGAAAUAGUGUCACUGUUCAGGAAGAUUUUGUAAACAAUGAGGGUGUGUGGGUGAGAAUUGACGAUGAUUCAAUGAACAAAUAUUGCUUUGACACGGAAGGCGAGGCAUGGUCGCUUGCUGUCAAUAAAAAAGGAAUAAUUUACAUGAAAUCGGAACAAGACUUGGAUGUUGAUCCAAUUGAAAAGAAAUCAGCAAUUGAAGAAAUAUCCUCAUCGCCAACUAACAAAGGUUUUGACUUUUCCAAUCCCUCUGGCAGUCACGAUGGUUUCAACUUUAGUUCACAAAACUUUUCACCAAGUACCGCUGGUUCCGGCGAUGCAGGAAAUUCCAAUCCAUUCGUUUUUGGCACCUACAGUCAACAUGAUUCGCCGGAACAUGAGAAAAAUGUUCAAGAGAAGAAUGAAACACCGCCGAGAUUUAUUAAAAGUAACUUUACACCGAAAGAACAAAGUGGAAAGGAAAAGGAGAAUAGUGGUGGAAAAUUUAAUGCAUUGCAAAAAUGGUUACGAGGUGACGAUAAACUUUAUGGUGAAAAGAAAGGUUCAUCUGGAAGGGAUUUUUCCGAAUUUAUCGGCGUUUCUGUGAAAGAAUUGGUAAAGGCAAUUGGCGAGAGUCGUACAAAUGGAAACGGUGCAACAACACCGGAAACACCAAAAAAAUUAUCACGAAGUUCUUCACCAAAAAAUCCACAAACCAAUUCUCCGAGAUUUCACAACAGGUCUUCCAGUCCCGUUCCUAUUGUCGCCGGGUGCAGUCAUCCAUCAAUGAGUUCUUCUAAUUGUCUUUUUCCAUCCGCUGCAAAUGCUUUAGGUGGAAGAAAUUUAGCUAGCGGAGCAGAGAGUGCAAGCAGUAGUGUUUCUCUUUAUGGUUCCUCACAAAGUGGUAGAUUUUCACCUUUGGUCUCAGGAGGAGUGACUGAUAUUCCAAAAGCCCAACGCUGUGAGGCAACUCCAACCGAUACAAAUACUCCAAACAGCAGUUUGACUCAAGAUCAAUUCCAUUCAUUAAGCAGAGUAAGUUCAAAUACAAAUACAAGAGAUCCAUCUCCAAGUCGAAGUUGCAGUUCACAACAAAUUAAAUUAGAGGAGAAUGUCACUAGUCCACCAAAUACUCCGAAACGAGAAUCACUUGAUUCACAGGAUAGUCCAAACAAAUUGACAGAGGCGCAAACGCAAACAAGUCCCGAAAAUGCAACUGCUUCUGUAAUGGGUCAUUUUAGUAUUGGAUCAUCAGGAACGAAAGAAGAACGAAAUUCACCAAAAUGUAAUCGUCGUGAUUUGACAAAAGUCGUGAAAACAAGAACAAAACGAGCAAUGUCACCGGUUAAUAGUACAAAUCGCAAGGAAACAUCGAGUCCAAAUAGUAAUUUGAAUUUGAAUAAAGAUAAAAUUAAAGAAGCAAUGAGUCCAUCGGCAGCUGAAUGUUUACGUGCUGUUUUUGCCGCAUUUCUUUGGCACGAGGGUAUUGUACAUGAUGCAAUGGCGUGUGCAAGUUUUUUGAAAUUUCAUCCCACAUUACCUAAGGAAGGCGCUGUUGUUGUAACAAGACAGGCUGCAGUUCAAAAUAAUAAUAAAAAUCGCGAAGAAAUGACAAAAGAAAUGAAAGCAAGUCAACGACAUUCCGUUGAAGUGUCAAAUGCGGGAAAUUAUUUACACAUUCAACCGAGUACACUUGAAACAUUAACGCGUUCAGCUGAUUGUGCAAAUAGAAGUCGAAAGAAAGGUGACACAAGUACAACGUGUAAAGAUGAUGUCAAUGACGAUAAAUUAUCAGCACUUCCCGAACUUCAUACAGUUGCAAUACUUCCACCGGCAUUAAAGAGUUUAGUUUUCCUUUGGGAGGAAUUGAGUACCCAUUGUCUUCACGCAAUGGAACAACAAACAGUUCUCUCAUCGCCAACAACGAGUGCACAAUCAAAACUCACAAAACGCGCCGCUGAAAAAGCAUUACUCGAAGACAAAUUAAAAGAUCGUGAUAAAAAGGGUAAUAAGCGGAAAAAAGAAUUGAAAACAGCAACAAAACCAAAUUACCCCUCAACGGCAAUUGAACGCGAAGCAACUUGUGAAUUAUGCGGUGGAUUAUUUCCCCAUCCUGUUACUUAUCAUAUGAAAAUGUCACAUCCAGGUUGUGGAUGGCAAGCCGGUGGCAAGGGUUACAAUAGCGGUGGAAUGUAUUGUUUCGGCUGGGCCGGAAAUUGCGGUGACGGUGGAUUUGGCGCUAGUUCAUGGUACCUAAUUUGCGAAUCAUGUCGCGAUAAAUAUUUAAAAGCAAAAAAAUCACAUCGUCUAACAAGAAAAUGUGUUGGUCGAACAUCAAAGAGAAAAGGUGAUAUCAAUAAAUUCCCCUCGCCAGUGAGCAGUCCGAUAAUAAAUGAAAAUCACAUUAUUAUCAAAAAUAAUGCAAUGUUUCUAUUGGAUCUUGCCAGUGCAUCAGGACCAACAAUUCCAAAACAACAGAGACGUUCAUCACAAACUUUAUCGUCAGUCGCGGAAAAUUAUAGCCCUCCAGAAGCUGCUGGACCAUUUCCCACUAAUGGUCCCUUUCAAUGUCUUCAAGCCCUUGGUGUCAAUCAAUCGUCAUGCAACGAUGAUCGUUACUAUGAGGAAAAUUUACGACCACAAACGAGUCAACAAAAUUACGAAGGAACUAAUGCAAAUACAACAAGACCAUUGUCCGAAUGUCCAUUGAGCGAUAGUGACAGUGACAGUGGUAAAAAUCGUGGAAUGUUUCACAGAUCAGUUUCAAUGACAACGGGCGCACCUUGGGCGAAAAAUAGCAACGAUGGAAGAAUUGUCAUGACACGUAAGAGAAAUAACAGUAGCAGUGAAAUGAGUAACGAUGGUGGAUCAUCAUUACUUUGUUAUCCAUCGGCGGCUCUUCAAAAACUCGUACCAUCAAUGGAUCAAUCGGCAAUUGUUUCCACUAGUCAGGAAACGGAGAACGCUGAUAAAAUUGAUCUUCUCACACGACCUGUUAUGUUUUUUGUUCUUCAACAACAUAAUCUUCAACAUCUUCAAUUGUCAAUUAAACAAUCGUUGAGAAGAGCCGCAUGUCGUAUGUACGCAAUGCAGGCACUCAAUUGGCUGAUUAGAAAUGUGACACAACCAAUAUGCCUUCAUGAUUUACUUUGGUGGUUUGUUGCCUCAUUAACGCCAAUUAUUCCCGAGUCAAUGAUUAAUCAAGAUGAUAAUCGUGUUGAUAAGAAAGACGAUCCCGAUAUGAUUGGUGUUUGUGAACAUCCAUUGAGUGAUUUAGUUGUCGCUGGUGAAUCGACAAAUCUUCUACCAACAUCGUUUCACAAUCUUUUACAAACAAUUGCCGAUUUAAUGUUACUUUUACCACCAGGUUCACCGCUACAACAAGCAGCGGUACGCUGUUGGGGAAUUAAAUUCACACCCGCUGAUCAUAUGUUUUUACAUCGAAGUCAUGUGUUUAGUAAUAUCAGUAAAAUACUCACUCGUUCCGAGGAGGAAGAGGAUGUUAAUAUGAGUAUGCAUGAGAGUCAUCAAUCAAUGUAUUCGCAACAAUCGGCAAAUUUUGUCGAAGCUUUAAAAGAUUUAACAUCGGAUGUUGAUAUUAAAGCGUCGAGCCGUCAGGCAAUGAUUGGCAGUUUAACUGAUAAUUCAACGGAAACAUUUUGGGAAUCAGGUGAUGAGGAUAAAAAUAAAACAAAAACAAUAACAAUUGUUUGUGGAUCACGAUCACAUCCACGUAUGAUUUAUAUACACAUUGACAAUUGUCGUGAUUUGACACAUAAAGUUGGAAGUCUUACUUUUCUGUCGGGUGUGAAAUCAGAUGAAAUGAUUAAUUUACGAACAAUGGAGAUUGAAGGACGUUUCACUGGUUGGAUUAAUUGUCAAAUAACAAAUUCAAAGCAUGUAAAUAUUAGUUUGGAAUUAAAAGGACCUGAUAAUUCAUUAAGAGUUCGUCAAAUACGUAUUCUGGGGGAAAUGGAAGGUGAAUCGUUGAAAUUGGGAAAACAAUUGAAUUCAUUGACGAUACAGCAGAGAAAUUGUGAGUCGGAUACUUUGAAGGUGUUUCGUUUGAUAACAUCGCAGGUAUUUGGAAAAUUGAUUCAAGGUGAACAACAGCAACAACAACCGAUUGAACCAAUUGAGGGCGAUGAUUUGGAAGACAGUAAUGAUCUUCGUGAGCAUAUGGUGGGAAUUUUGUUUAGUAGAAGUAAAUUGACGCAUCUUCAAAAACAAGUUUGUUCGCAUAUUGUUCAGGCUAUUAAAAAGGAGACAAUUCGUUUACGUGAGGAAUGGGAGAUAUUGUUGUGUUCACCAACACCGAUUAAUAGUAUUUUGAGUGAUGGUAGUGAUUUACCAAAAGCUGUGGAUACCUAUUGUUUUGAAAUGCUGUCAAUGGUCUUGGCACUUAGUGGAAGUUCAGUGGGAAGGAAUUAUUUGUCCCAUCAAUAUGGACUUUUAGAGGAUUUAUUGAGUUUACUUCACACAGGCACGGCACGCGUUCAAAGACAAGUAAUUUCAUUGCUCAGGAGAAUAUUACCGGAAAUUAAACCUGAAUUAUUUGCAAACGCUGUUGGAAUCGAAAGAUUGCCACCAUCGGAUUUUAGUAUCAUUUCAGUGGGUAAUAGUGAUUAUUCACAGGGCGAAGAUUUUAAUGAACAUGCACCGGGAAUUUUGGAUGUUUUUCUUAGUUGUAUCGCAAAAGCGUUGACUGUUCAAGUGAAGGUCAAAGGAAAGGAGAAUAAUGGAAAGGCACUACAAACUGUAUCGUUGGCGACGAGUAUUCAUCCGAAAAAUUUCCUCGGCGCUCGAUGGUGGUUGCGAGGUUGUAUGACUCGAAAAUUGUCCGAACUCAUCAUUCAAUUACUCAAGGAUAUGGCCUCCGGAAAAUUAUCGGACUCAUGGGCAUUAGUGACAAAAGCAGCGAUAGCGGAAAAUAUUCUCAAUUUAACAAGAAUGGAUGAAAAAAGUCGAGAACCCACUGAAUGUCUUCAUUCGCCAACUUUAUGGCUGGCUUUAUCUUCUCUUUGUGUUUUGGAUUCGGAUCAUGUUGAGAGAUUAACAUCUGGCCAAUGGAGUGCAACCGAUGGACAACCAGCUCUUCCAAGACAAACCUGCUCGAAUCAUGACGACAAUGAGACAGUGGCGGUGAUACAGUGCAAUUUUUGCGGUAAUCUAUGCGCCGAAUGCGAUCGUAUUCUUCAUUUACAUAGAAAAACAAAAUUACAUCAACGACAAGUUUGUAAAGAAGAGGAGGAGGCAAUUCGCGUUGAUCUUCAUGAGGGUUGUGGAAGAACAAAACUCUUUUGGAUUCUUGCAUUGGCCGAUAGCAGUACAUUAAAGGCAUUAGUUGAAUUUCGCGAUGGUUCACCACAAAAACCAGCUGGAUUAUCAACGGGUUUAUGUCGUUUUUGUGGAGCAACGGGAAACACAGGAUUAUUGGCAAUUGGAAAUGUAUGUGCCGAUUAUGAUUGUCAGGAGCAUGCAAAGAAUGCGUGUCAUAAAAUUCAUUCCUGCGGUCAUAUUUGCGGUGGUGUACGCAAUGAACGUCAAUGUUUACCGUGUCUUCAUCGUUGUGUGUCAAAUGGUGAUUUGAAGCAAGACGCAGACGACAUGUGUAUGAUUUGUUUUGUUGAGGCACUAUCGAGCGCACCGGCUAUACAACUUCAGUGCGGUCAUAUUUUUCAUUUGCAUUGUUGUUGGAAUGUUCUUGUUAAAAAAUGGGUGGGACCAAGAAUUACUUUUGGAUUUGCUUGUUGUCCAAUUUGUAAAGUGCCCAUGGAACAUCCAAAUUUGUCGGAACAACUCACAAGUGUCAAGGCUCUUUAUGAGGACGUUCGACGAAAGGCGCUGAUGCGAUUGGAGUACGAGGGUUUGCACAAAGCUGAGGCGGUGAUAUCGCCGGGUGGUCGUUAUUACCAAGAUCCAACCGCGUAUGCGAUGGAUCGUUACGCUUAUUAUGUAUGUUAUAAAUGUCAAAAAGCCUAUUAUGGUGGCGAAGCGAGAUGUGAUGUUCAACAAGGCGGCGAAACAUUCGAUCCCACGGAACUUGUUUGCGGAGGUUGCAGCGAUGUUGCACGUGCUCAAAUGUGCCCCAAACACGGAACCGAUUUUCUCGAAUACAAAUGUCGUUAUUGUUGUUCAGUUGCCGUUUUCUUUUGUUUUGGCUCGACACAUUUUUGUAAUAAUUGUCACGAUGAUUUUCAACGAGUUACCAACAUUCCAAAAACCCAAUUGCCAUUUUGUCCAGCGGGACCAAAAGGCAAACAGCUAGAGGGAGAUGAAUGCCCUUUACAUGUGAAACAUCCGCCAACAGGCGAAGAAUUUGCUCUUGGCUGUGGAAUAUGCCGCAAUGCACAUACUUUUUAAUUGUCUUCAAUAUGUUGUAAAAGAAGAGAAGAUGAGCCAAACUUUGAAAUGUCACAUGAAAAUAUUUCAUUAAUUUAUUAGAAUUUACUAGUCUGAUUGUGAGAAAAUGGCAAAUGUGUGUGUGUGUGUUUUGUUUUGUUCUAUUGAUAAGAAUCGAGUUCAAAGAGAGGAAAGUCAACGGUGAUAUGUUGCCACACUAGACAAUUUAAAAAAUUCUUUUUUUAAAAUAAUUCCCCCCAUGCAAUUAUAAGAUAAAAUAUUCUAGAAUUUAAACGAAUGAGAAGCAGUGUUUAAAUGAAUGUGAAAUAUUCAUCGUUUUGGUGAACCAUAAAAAUAAGUGAGAAAAACCAUAUUGCAUUUGUUAAGAAAAUUAAAAAUAAGAACGUUUUUAUCGAUAGAUUUUCGUAAUGGUGUAGAAAAACAAAAAAUGAGAGCUUUCUACAUAAUUUAUGUAAGACUUAUCAAAAAAAAAAAUAA